CCUCUUUCUCAGCCUCUCGUUUCUCAUCUUAAAGAUUAUCCCAAAACCAACCGCCGAUGCUCCUCCGUCUUCUUCGCCGGUGACUCUCUUUUCUUCUAACUUCCGAUUACAGCAAUGAGCCUUCGUUUAGUUUCUUCAGUAUCCUCCGGAAUAUAUCGCAUAACUAAUCUCCACGAGACUCAUUCUCUCCUUCGCUCCAUUCUCUUCAUUCACGGGAACAAACCGGUCUGUGUUGAUCGUCGACGACCGAUUCUGCAUUCAUCCUAUGGAUAUCGGAGCAGAUACAGAGUCUCCGCCGCGGCGGAUGUUUCGGAAACGCCUCCGUCGUCUCUUCUCGACGACGAGCUUGUGAGCAGUGUAUCCGCCGUUAGAGACUCGGAUGAAGCGCUCGAGAUGAUUAGCGAUCGAUUCGAUUCAGUUCGCGGCGGAAUUGUUGAAAUUGAUGAUUGCCGUUCGAUAAUCGCCGCUGCUGUCAGCCGCGGCAAUGUGGAGCUUGCGUUGUCGAUUUUCUACGCCAUGCGAGCGAGUUUCGAUUUAGGUGGGAGUGAAGUUGAUCGAUGGAGAUGGUCAAGGCCCGAUGUUGAGGUUUACACAAUGUUGGUCAAUAGUCUUGCUGCUUCUUUGAGGGUUUCUGAUUCUCUUAAAAUCAUUAGUGAUAUUUGCCGUGUUGGAACCUCCCCUGCUGAGGAGGUUCCUUUUGGGAAAGUCGUGAGAUGUCCGAGCUGUUUGAUUGCCAUUGCUGUUGCACAACCCCAACAUGGAGUUCAGAUUGUUACCUGUGCUAAAUGCCGAUACCAGUACGAGCUUUUCUCUGGUGACAUAACCAGCAUUGAAUCAGUAGAGCUCGGCAAAGACAUUCCUCUCUGGGAAAAGGGGCUCAGACUUAUCCAGAAGAACAAAGUCACCUCUUCUGUGCACUCUAUUGUGGUACAAACUCCUUCAGGUACAGCUCGAACGCACAGGUUUGCCACUGAGACAGCCGAGCUUCCUGCGCAAGAAGGAGAAAGAGUGACAAUCGCCUCUGCUGCUCCAUCAGAUGUUUACAGACAAGUGGGACCUUUCAAGUUUACCCCCAAAGCUCCAAACCUUUACCCUGGAGAACCCAUGAGCCUCACAAAGCACAAGGACGGGCGAGAAUCGAUUUUGCUAAGACCUCCCAGUAAAGAAGGAGAUAAAUCCUUGCAGCCCUCGUUUCUAAUUCCUCUUUUUGCUGUUUUGGCUACCGGAGAUGCUGCUUCUGGCAUUAUUGAUCCCAGUUUGCCUCAGUUACUCUCAGUUGCUGCUGUUACGUCACUGGCAGUAGGAGCAACCCUUAACUCUUUUGUCCUUCCUCAGCUAAAUCAGCUCCCUGAAAGGACAGUGGAUGUGGUCGGUAUCAAGCAGCAACUUUUAUCUCAAUAUGAUGUGCUCCAGCGUCGCAUUGGAGAUCUAAAAGAAGCAACUGAGAAAGAGGUGUGGAUGUUGGCUCGAAUGUGCCAGCUCGAAAACAAAAUAUUAGCCGUGGGAGAGCCAGCUUACCGAACUCGAAGAGCACGAGUAAAGAAGGUACGAGAAAGUCUGGAAAACUCCAUAAAGGGAAGGAUUGAGCUGAUCGAUAGCUAUGCUAGAAUAUCAUCAAUGAUUGAGAUCGAGGUGGAAAUGGACAGUGAUGUUCUUGCAGCCGAGGCGGUGAACAAUACUGAAAACAUUGCUCAGCAGAUAGAGCAGAUCAUGGAACUCGAAAACCUUGAAGAGAAAUGGAAAUUACAGGCGGAAGCAAACGAUGAGGCAGAGAGACUUCUCAGCUCUCAACCUUAAACCUCUAUGUAUCAACAAACAAAACCGGGGAGUAAAUCAUCUUGAUCAUGUUCAUAUGAUAAUCAUCACCAUCAUCACAACAUACCUCAUCCUCACGGAAAGUAAUCAUCUUUCGGCGGCAUUAUGUAUGACACUAAUAAUGUCGUAGAUUCGUCAAUGAUAUGGAAAUGUGGACGAAUGUUGUGGCAUUUUACACUUUUUAUUACAAAAUGUUAAUAGUUGGAAUGCCAUAAAAAAAAAGGUCUAAUAUGAAUGUUUGAGCAUCACAUGCUGAUACAGGUCAAAACUUCUGGAGCAUCGCUAAAAGCUAAAAAGUUUCUUGUGUCGGUCGCUACAAGUUAAUUUCUCUUUAGCUAAUUAUAGAUGGUUUAUGUAAUAGUUUAAUAAUCACCGAAUUGUUUUUUUCCCUUGUGCUCUUUUUUAUGUAAAAGCUUUCUGGGAAAUUAGUUGCCAAGCACGCAAAGAGCGACUUUCUGAAGAAAUUAUGACAGUUAAUUAAAAAAAUUGUUUUCCAAU